UCAGGAAUUGUGAAAAACCAAGUUUAAAUGUAUUUGGCUAAGGUGUAUGUAAACUUCCGACUUCAACAAUAUUUUACAUGUGCGGCGGCCAGCCACAUUGAGGGCCAGAGAUAAUUACAGAUAACUGCGAUAAUCUGAAGUAUCCAAAAGGGUCACUUGUGAUAAAUUACAUAAAAUCCUUGAAAGUUACAAUUCUGGUAGUGUACUGGUAAACUUUGAAAGUGACCAGUAAUAUACCCUCCCUUUAAAACCCUAUGUGAGGCUCAUUCCAAGAGCCUUUUUCUCCAAGGGCCCAAUAUGUGCACUACUCACUGUUAGCCACACAGUGGCACUGUUUUCAUGCAGUCCAGGGGUGUAUCACUACAGUCUGGUCUACUGGCCUCAUCCUUCAUUUACCUUAGUCACAGGAAAGAAUAGGUGAAAACAUGAUCUUAAUCAUUACACAUAAUGCAAAAAUCAUUAAACAGUAAACACAUUAACAUCAGAUCAUCAAUAGCCUAGGCCUAGUCAUAAAAAGGUAUAGGUACUAAAGUCUCAGUCAGUCCACUAUAGGUCUACAGAACAUUCGUAUAAUGUUCCCAUAGCUCUGCAGUGAGUCUGCUUUAAAAAACGAUGUUUAGUAGUCUAGAUAGGUGGACAAUUUGUUGAAUUAUUUUUAUAAUCAAUAAUUAUCCUAUCAUGGCCCAUGAUUAACAUCGAACGUUUUCCUCAUAUUGAUAUAGAACGGGGUUUAGCUACCUAAUUACUUUGUCCAAUCCCACUGCAGUAGAGAGUCAGGCAGUUACAUUCUAAUCUGGCUCCGCUACUAAACAGGGAAACAUCUCCAAGCGCGCGCACAGGCUCCGCAGAAUGAAGCCACUGUUUCCACAACUGGGGUUCGACAGGGCCCAUGUUUCCGUGUGUGGAUUUCUCUGGCGAUUGGCAGACUUGAGUAAACUACAUCAGGCCUCAACAUGACCACAGGACUGGACUCUUUUACCUCCAUCGACCCUGCUGCUCUACCUGCGUAAUACAGAAAUGGAUGGAGCAAGAAAGACAACUCUACCUCUGUCUGCCAGAAGUACAAUGUGAGCUCAGACAACUGUAUACAUGUGGAAGCUGCCCGGUCAGCUAUAUUGUCUGUUUUCCACUAUCUUGAGUAAAGAGACACUGGAACCUCCUCACAGAAGCAUGGGACACAAACACCAGCCAGAACCCUGCCACCUUUUCCUCCGCACCACCCACUCGUUUACAUGUGCAGGUAUCCCAAGGACUUCCCUCUGGAAGAGUAACCCUUAGAACACAUGCAUAGAGAAGAGCAUUCUGUCCUGUCCACACAGUCACUAUAAACUCCUGUGUCUCAAACUGUGUGGGAGAGACCAGAGCUUGAGAUAUAGCGUGGAUGUUAUAAGUAUAGCUAUAGAGGUAUAGACAGAGGAAGCAUUUGAGUCAUGCAGGGCCGUGUGUGUCAGCUGUUUCUGGUGAAUGCUUUAACCUGUGGUUUGGAGGUGUGUAUGGCUGCAGGCACCUUCUACAUCCCCCCUCUACUACUGCAGGCUGGCAUGGAGGAACGCUACAUGACCAUGGUGCUGGGAGUCGGGCCGGUUCUGGGUUUGAUCUUCGUGCCCAUGAUCGGUUCGUAUAGUGACUCGUGGCGUGGUCGUUUUGGUCGGCGCCGGCCAUUCAUCUGGCUCCUAUGUGUGGGGGUUCUGCUGGGCCUGCAGGUCUUGCCCCAGGCUUCUCACCUAGCUGCCCUGCUCUAUCCACAGCACCCCCGAUGGAUGGAGGGGGUACUGCUGGCGGUGGCAGCCUGUCUGCUGGAGUUCUCAGGACAGGCCUGUUUCACACCGUUGGAAGCGCUGAUCUCAGACCAGUUCCCUGGAGAGGAGGAGAGCAGAAGAGCCUUUUCUGUCUACUCACUGAUGAUCAGCCUGGGAGGAUGCCUUGGGUACCUGCUCCCAGCCCUGGACUGGAGCCAUGCCCCCACAGCAGCCUACCUAGGUGGCCAGGAGGCCUUUAUCUACGCGUUGAUCACCCUCAUCUUCCUCACCUGCCUCCUCAGCACAGUCUUCAUCUCAGAGGACAGAUGGACUGGAGGAGAGAGAACCAGGAAGGGCGUUAGCGUUAGUUCCACCCUGAGCCCUUCCCAUUGGAGGAGCCGAUACUGUGCACACCCCUUGCUGUCGCGGACCCAGUGUGUACGGAUGGCUGUGGGGUGGUGUGUGUCGCUGUGCGUGUCGGCACUGCCACGUGCGUAUGGUGUGUGUAUGAGCUUGCCGGCAGUGAUACGGCGACUGUUUGUAGCUGAGCUGUUCAGCUGGAUGGCUCUGAUGAGCUUCAUGCUGUUCUACACAGACUUUAUGGGAGUGGGGCUGUACCGUGGUGUACCCAACGCUACACCUGGAACACAGGAGAGACUACGAUACGAUGAAGGUGUACGCAUGGCGAGUGUGGGUCUGUUUCUGCAGUGCCUGAUCUCAGUGGUCUGCUCCAUCCUGAUGGAGCGCUGGAUGGUGUUGCUAGGCGCCCGGGCUGUUUACGUUAGCAGUGUGAUCCUGCUAGCGUUAGCUACAGCUGUGAUGAGCUUCUCAAAGAGUGUAGUGAUGGUCACCGUCAUGGCCGCAGCUACUGGAUAUACCUUCUGUGUGCUGCAGGUCCUGCCCUACACCCUGCUGUGUCUGUACCACUCUGACAAACGGGUCUUUUUCUCCAGCUCCAAAUCCAGACCUUCUCACCAAGGAGAAAGUGAUGACCACACCCACUCAAAGCCCCUCCUUCCCCCCGACCAUGGCAAGACCCCGCUUCUCACCUCUGCCUCCCCCCAUGUGUCUCUGCCCCUGGAGAGAGAGGGAGAGGCCGUACCCCUGCCUCAAAGAGGGAUGUGUCUGGACAUGGCUAUCCUGGACAGUGCCUACCUGCUCUCCCAGGUGCUGCCUGCUCUGUGUCUGGGCUCCAUAGUGCAGCAAUCCCACAGCGUCAGUGCCUAUAUGGCCUCAGCUUGCUUCCUCAGCCUCCUGUCCCUGCUCUGCUCCACCGGGGUUGUCUUCACACGCAGCGACCUCCACAGGGUCAAAGGGUGACACUCCAACGCUGAGGGGGCUAAAUGAUUAAUCCAUUGUGGAUUCUAGUUGGUAUCUGUGUUCUACUGCAGAUUUGUACUGGAUUUUGGCAGUUUGUUAUAGAAUCAUGUAGCAUGAGAAAUAUGCCCUAUGACUCCAAGGGUUGGGGAUUGCAGCUCUGACAUCAGCACCUCUGAGACAGACAGGUGCUGUGUUGACACAGGUAGAGAUUAACAACACAAUUUAAGAGACAGAUCAUUCUUUCUGCACAUACUUUUUUCUUCCAGCCACAGAAUCUCAUUGUGUGUGGUUACUUCUGGGCACAUUUCAUUUAGUUUUGUAGAUGUAUUUAUCUGUUGGUUGUGUCUCAUUCUUCUAUGGCAUUUCUUUAUCUGGAAUUGUAAUGAACUUACAAACCUUAGUUUCUUAUGUUGACAUAAAGAACUAGGUAGUCAUAUGAACAGUGCCAAUUGUGUUUUGGAUAAUACAUCAAGAGUCUAUCCCUUAACCCAACAUGUAAAUCUUCUGUUUUCGAUAUGCUAUGAUAAUUACUUAAAGAGUGAAAUGGUAUGUAUUGAUAACAUAUGAUUGUGUAUGUAUUGGAAAUGAAGUGUGGCAUUUUAUUCCUCAGGGAACUCAGUGGAGGUAAAUGUGUUGUAGGCUGCUAGCUAAAUGCAUUAUCUUUAAACCAUGUACUUGAAUGUCAUACAUUGUCAUCAGGUGGGAAAUGUACAGUUAUUCCAUGUUUUCCUGGCAUGGUGUCCUCGGACAUGUUUCGCCUAAUGCAAAAAUGUGGUUUUUUUUUAAACAUAAUAUAUUGGUUUGUUUUUCAUGGUUUUAACUGUUUGUAAUUGUAUCAAGGGAAAGGAUUAGUUAUUACACAGGGUAAUAGCGCAUUUGCUCCAGGGGUGCUGUACUACUAUGGCUGACCCUGUAAAACAACACAUUUCACUGCAUGUAUCCAGUGUUUUAAAAAUAAUUGAAGGUUAAGUUAUUACACAGGGUAAUGGAAGGGUUAGUUACACACGUUAAGCAGUUAUAUGCAAGCAUUCUUUCUCCUUUGGUUUUAUGAAUAAAUU